ACUUAUUCCUCCACGUUAGUAAACCUUAAAAUACAAUAGAAACCAAAAUCCAUAUAUAUAUUAGACAUACGCAUUACAGAAUCACCGAGGCCGAGAGGAGAAAAAAAUAUAACACAAAAAAAAAAAAAAACUUGAGCAUGAACUCGGUGUGUAUCUCCAGUUGCAUAAACGAUGCACAUGACCCGCGCGUGCCUGUUCGUCCCGUGCGUGCCUCCUACGUAAAUCUAUAUAAGUGGCCCGAGUCGGACGCCGAGUUCGUUCGCUCCGUCCGUCGUGGAGGUGGCGUUCCGGAAGCGCGUGUAGUGGAUAGCAUAUCUUGCCGACAGAUGUAUCUCCGGAGCUACACUUUCUCAAGGGAAGACGAUGAGAGCAAAUCGGAGAAGGCCGUGACGUCGGCGUCGACACACACGUCGUGUCUAGGGAGAGUUAAGGAAACAGCGUCGUUUCGACGUAAGAGUGAGGAGGAAAGUGACAUCAACGUCGAGAGUAGAAAGCGGCGUCGUGGCGAGAAGAGGAGAGUUAGAAGGAAGAAGCGACAAGAACAAGCUUGUUCUAUUAUGUUCAGGUUUUUUCGAAGGUUAUUGUCUUGUGCUGCCACCGUAGAUGUUGUUGAUCCAAACUAAGUUGUUAUAAGUUAAUUAAUCUUUCUUUCUUUUUUUUUGUAUCAAACUUAUUAUUAUUUGUUUUUUGUUUUUUUAAGAGUUAUUUGUUGAAUUCUUCCUUUUUUGUUGAUUUUGUUUGUAUUUAAACUUGUAAUAUACAGAAUUUUCAUGGUUUUUCUAUUAAGUUAUUUGUAGUUUAAUAUAUAUUUAGAUGAUUCUGCAUGAGUAA